AAGAAAUAAAGGCCGAAUUUGAGAGCGCGCGCCAUCAUCUCUAGAUUCACUAGCUGAUUUGCGAUUUCAUAUUUGGUGUACUGAUAGGAUUAGAUUCCUUGGCUAAUCAUCUUUGUUUGCCUAACCUUAUGCUUUAAUGAUCCUUUCCAAACCAAAAACAACACAAAUUCACCGUUAUAUCAAUCCAGCUCACUAUCAACAAUAUAAAACUCUUGGUUUGGCCAAACCCAGAAAAGGCAAUCAAAAGCAUCAACAUUUUACGAGGAGGCAACGCAGAGACAUACCAUUUGUGAACAAUGUGAAAGAAGUAGAAGAUCCAGAUAAGGCCUUGUCUCUCUUUCACGACUAUCUUCAAAAUGGCUUUAGGCAUGAUUACCCUUCAUACUCUGCACUCGUAUACAAGCUUGCCCGUUCGCGCCGUUUUGAAGCCGUUGAAACUGUUCUUGGUUAUUUGCAGGAUUUUAAUGUUCGUUGCAGAGAUACCCUUUUCAUUGCCUUGUUUGAACAUUAUGGAAAAGUUGGUUUGGUUGCUAAAGCCAUUCGGCUUUUUAAUGAAAUGACUGGUUUUAACUGUAUCCGUACACUUCAGUCCUUCAAUGCGUUACUAAACGUUCUUGUUGAUAAUGAUAGAUUGUUUGAUGCAAAGCAGUUAUUUGAUAGGUCAUCUGAAAUGGGUUUUCGUUUGAAUUCAGUUCCUUUUAAUAUAUUAAUCAAGGGGUGGCUUAAGAAGGGCGAGUGGUAUCAAGCUGGGAAGGUGUUUGAUGAAAUGCUUGAGAGAAAAGUGGAACCGAGUGUUGUUACUUAUAAUAGUCUUAUAGGGUAUUUGUGUAGAAAUGGUGAGUUAGGUAAAGCAAAGGGUUUGUUUAAGGACAUGAUCAAGAAAGGCAAACGCCCGAAUGCUGUAACUUAUGCGCUGUUAAUGGAGGGCUUGUGUUCUAUGGGUGAGUACAAAGAGGCUAAAAAGAUGUUAUUCGAUAUGGAAUAUAGAGGAUGUAAACCAAAAAAUUUGAAUUUUGGUGUUUUGAUGAAUGAUCUUGGAAAGAAAGGUAAGAUUGAGGAGGCUAAACUGUUGCUUCUUGAAAUGAAGAAAAGGCGGUUUAGACCGGAUGUUGUAAUCUAUAAUAUAUUGAUAAAUCAUCUUUGCAAGGAAGGUAAAGUAGCAGAGGCUUAUAAAACUCUAUUUGAAAUGCAAAUCGGUGGUUGUGAAGCAAAUGCGGCUACUUACAGAAUGUUGGCUGAUGGGUUUUGCCAGGUUGGUGAAUUUGAGGAAGGUUUGAAGGUUUUGAAUGCAAUGUUGGUAAGUAGGCAUGCUCCUCGCAUUGAAACUUUUAAUUGUUUCGUUGUUGGGCUAAUGAAGUCUGGUAGUAUUGAUGGUGCUUUCUUUGUAUUGGAGGAAAUGGAGAAGAGAAAGAUGGCUUUGGAUUCUGAUGGUUGGGAAGCCCUUGUUAGGUGUUGUUGCAGUGAGCAUCGAGGUGCAGGCAGCGUAUUGCUAUGUGAGUCCUUGAUUAGGCAUAACUUAGUUGUGGCCUCGUUGAACACGGGAAGAGGCCCUGCGCCUGGGUCUUGCUUUUGGGAAGAAAUGGAUUAGAUAGCUCUAGUAAGAUCUGUUGCAUGCAGAUAGGACCCAAAUCCGUUUUCAAAAACUAAAAGCGACACUUGAAUCUGCAUUGGAUCUGGGGAUAGAGAAGUCGGACUGCUGCUGCUGGAUUAGCCUUUUCAUGUGCAGUAAAGCUGAAAAACACGGCGUCCACUAUUUAAACAAAAAGCUCUGUCAGCCCAAAACAAAUAGGUAAGUCUUUAUCUAUUCCUUUUAUUUAGUUCCAAGGCCCAAUUAUAAUAUUGGAAUUUCAAUCCACAGGGAGUAUCACAUAUUACUAGUGGAGUUGUAAUAAAUAGAAAAUGAAAAACUAAAUUCUGAUAUGCUGUUCAUGUGAUAUACCAAUAUUGUUACAAUGAAUAAUAUUGGACCAAGUAAUCCAGUGCCUAUCUUGUAAUUCUAUUAUUCUUCAUGUGUUAUAUACAAAUAAUCAGAAAUUCAAUAUCA